AUGGCGGCUGGCCCGUCCUGUUCUAAUGGAGCUGCCAAAUUCAUCGUAUUCGGCAACUCUGUUGUCUACAUUUUAGGCCCACUUAAGUAUGCUACUGUCUAUGGAUGUUCUGACACUACCAUUGUUCUUGGUGCUGUUGGUAAGGUGGUAAAAGUGGAGCAUUGUGAACGAGUGCAAAUUAUUGCAGCUUCGAAACGAAUUUGUAUUGCCAAUUGUCGUGAAUGUAUCUUUUACUUGGGAGUAAAUCACCCACCACUAAUUGUGGGGGACAACCAUAAAUUACAAGUUGCUCCAUUUAAUACUUAUUAUCCUCAACUGGGGGAGCAUUUGGCACAAGCUGGUGUGGAUCCUAAUGUCAACAAGUGGGACCAACCUUUUGUAUUGGGAGUUGUGGAUCCACAUGAUUCAUUAUCUCAUCCUGCUGGGGUUUCUGAUGUCCAGUCCGAGUCUGCCACUUGUCUAGACCCAGAUCUAUUCACAAACUUUUUGAUUCCUAGUUGGUUUGAGGCACAAGGGCCUACCAAAUACAAUCCAUUUGCAUUACCUGAAGUUUAUUGGGCAUCCCAAAGGAAAAAGCAUGCUUCUCUGGAAGAUAUUCAAAAGAAUAUUCGGGAACUGGAGAUCGAUGAUAACCGGAAGAAAGAAUUGGCAUGUGCCCUUCAUGCUCAAUUCAAGGACUGGUUAUAUGCUUCAGGCAAUAUCCGCCAGCUUUACUCUUUGCAAAUUGAAUAAUGUGCAUCUGCAAGAUUGUGUAUCCUUCACCCAAGUUCCUUCAGCGGUUCAAUUCCUUUCCUUCAAAGUCGAAACGCUAAAUUCAAGCUGACUUUACGUUGACUGUGCUGGUUCCACAUGGUCUUUCAGCCUGUAGUGUUUGUCGAAGGAAGAAUGUAAAAAAUGUACCGCCUAUUUUUUUCUAAUUAUUUUUUAUCACUUCCCCUUUUCGUUGGUUGUACGAUUGGUGCAAAAGGCACUCAUCUUCGAUUUUGUUGGCUUCAUAUUUAUUUCCUUCAUAAGAUUUACUAAUAGUGGUUACUCAAUUCUGUCU